AUGGAAAGAAAUACAACAAUAAACAAUAAAGAAAAGGUCACGUUAGGAUACAAUGAAAUAAUGAUAACAUCAAAGUAUUUUAAUGACAUUAAAGAUUUUAUUAAUUUGGAAAUUGGAAUUAAAAGAUUUCAAGGAAAUAUGGAACGAUUUCAUUUUAAUCCAAUUCCUUUAAAUGAAUAUUCAAGAAAAUUCUUUCCUAAUAUUGAAACACUUCAUAUUUAUGAAGAAAAUGAUGAUGUGUUUAAUGAUGGAAAAAUAUUUAAAGAAGUAAUAUGGUAUAAAGUCGAUUAUUCAACAUAUUUAAAAGAGAAAGAAACAGGAAAUAUCUGUAAAGAUAUUGUGUAUGCUGAUAAAGAUAGAGAAAAAUAUGGAACUACAAUACCACCAGAAGUUAAAUCCCUUAGAAUUGGAUGUUUUGGUGGUUGUGAGGAAUUAACAUCAAUUAAUAUACCAACAACAAUUAGCGAAUUAGGAUGUGACUGUUUCAAUGGAUGUGAGGUAUUAACAGCAGUCACUGUAUCAACAUCAAUUAGUACAUUAGGAGAUGAAUGCUUUUAUGGAUGCUCAUCAUUACCAUCAAUUGAUAUUCCAACAACAAUUGUCGAAUAG